CACAAUCGAUGAGCACAUCCGUCAUCCGCCGCCAUUUGCGAAAGAAAGGCCGAUCGCUGCUCUGCAGCGCGAGUGUCAUCGGUUUGAUUAUGACGAGUGUGUAAUUUGUUAUUUACUGUAUAACUGUGAACUCUGUGUCGACAUUAGAUCAGUUAAAAUGAUUGUGAGAUUUUGGAGCGUUUUGUGCGUCGGAAUUUUGGUGACUUCUGUGCAGAGCGUGCACGGAAACAACGACAAUGAAGACAUUCCAUACCUGGAGCUGGCGGAGCCGGAGGAAGGGUACCAUGGACUAAUCCGCGAAAAUGAGACGCUGGUGGAGGUUACGCCUGCCAUCCGCGCACGAGGUCCACUCUGCUCCUUCCUCAUCCUCAACAACAAGCACCAUGGCGAGGCUCCGUUUGAGAUAAUGGUCAUCGACGAGAAUGAGGCGCGUCUGCGCGUACGCUACCCGCUCAACUGCGAGAAGCGUCGUAACUACAAAUUCGAUAUUGCUGCCGUCGGCUGCGAUGGAUCCUACUCCAAUACGGUGCCAGUUCACAUAACAGUGACGGACGUGAACGAGUUCCCUCCGGUCUUCUCCCAAUCGGCAUACGUGAAGACCGUGGACGAAGGCCGUCUAUACGAUGAGAUCAUACGUGUUGAGGCCACCGAUCGCGAUUGCACCCCGCGAUACGGGGACGUCUGCAAGUACGAGAUCUUGGACAGCAAUACACCUUUCACUAUCGAUAACGAGGGAGUGAUCCGUAACACGGAGGUCUUGGACUACGAGAAGGCGCACAACCACAUCCUCUCUGUAGUGGCGUACGACUGCGGUAUGAUGCAGUCAGCUCCGGUCCUGGUCACCGUCAAGGUGAACAAGCCUUGCCGCGCGGGUUGGAAAGGAGUGGCGGAGCGUGUGGACUAUGCACCGGGUACAGGCCCGCUGGCAUUGUUCCCCGCGGCGCGGUUGGAGGCUUGUUCUUCCGAUGACCGCUGCCCAGGCGUGACGAGGAUCCAGGCUGCUGUUACGUUGCAGGCGAGCCGCGCUGGUACCGGGUGUGAUCGGGACACUUAUGCGCUGCACGCACAAAGGACCAUUUGCGGUAUGGACCAGAAGACCAUCGACCUACUGCCGAGCCCCGGCGCCGGCAACGAGUGGGCCAAGUCUCUCAAACCUGACCUGGGUCGCGACGGCGAGCAGAUGUUUUCUUUCGAUGGCGAGACCACCUCCGCGGUGGUACCCGAGUCAGUCCUACCUCAUUCCCUGGCCGGCACCUUCUCUAUCUCCACUUGGAUGCGUCACGCGCCUGCUCCCGACCAGGACAAGCACCGCAAGGAACACGUUCUCUGCCUGGCUGAUGAUCAUAAGAUGAAUCGCCACCAUUAUGCGAUCUUCGUGCGUAACUGCCGGCUGAUAAUGCUGCUGCGACGCGACUUUGGCGACGGCGAUCUCAACAUCUUCCGCCCCGCCGAGUGGCGCUGGAAGAUUCCCGAGGUGUGCGACAACGAAUGGCAUCACUACGCGAUAAACGUGCGGUUCCCGAACGUGGAGCUGUUCAUCGACGGCGAGCCCUACCGCAGCGUCGACGGCAAGGGCCCGGAGGUGAUCGACGACUGGCCGCUGCACCCCGCGCACGGCGUGAACACCACCACGGUCGUCGGGGCCUGCUGGCAGGGCACGGAGAGCGACAUGAAGCACCACCUGCGCGGCUGGCUGGCGGGGCUGGGCGUGCUGCGCGGCGCCGUGCAGCCGCCAAGGGCGCUGCAGUGCGUGGCGCGCUGCCGGGAGGGCCUCAGCCUGGCGCCGGACCUCUACCUGCGCUCGGUGUCGGUGGAGGGCGACGGCGUGGCCGACGUGGAGACGCUGCUGCGGCGCGUGGCCUACGGCGACGCGCGCGCCUUCCCCACGCCCGGGCGGCGCAACGUGCACGUGGCCACCACCAUCACGUGCGACAACGGGCGCGUGGUGAAGGCGCGGCCGGCCGAGUCCUACAUCAUGGUGCUGCAGCCGCAGACGCCCACCAUCCUCAUCAACGGCAGCGGCGACCUGGCGCGCGACUACGCGCACUUCCGCGCCGGCCUCAAGGUGCUGCCCGAGCUGGCGCUGCGCGUGCUGGCGCGCGGCGGCGACGCGCUCAGAGAAGCGGACACGCAGAAGCUGGACUCGUGCGUGGUGUCGGUGUAUCCCGCGCUGAACCCUGACCACGAGGCGCUGACGCUGCGCGACGCGGCCGAGCUGCCGCUGCGCUACGACAUCCGCGCCGCCGUCACGCGCGACGGCGUCAUCCUCAGCGGCGCCGACACCGUGCGCAACUACCAGAAGGUGCUGCGCGAGAUCGAGUACAGCAACAAGAAGCCGGCGUACUACCUGAACCGCGUGUUCAAGCUGACCUGCUCCGAGCUGAACGGCCGCUUCACCAGCAACGAGUACGUGCAGACGCUGACCGUCGUGCACCCGCACAUGGCCGCCGGCGACGCCGGGCUGGCCCGCGAGCUGCACCCCGCCGGCAUGGCCGACAAGGCGGACGCCGGGGCGCGCGAGCAGACCCGCGGCCGCGCGCUGAGCCCGCGCAUUAAAGCAGCCACGUUUACACCGUUCGCUAGCGACAUGGCUAUCAAAGGACGAGGGGCGAUAGCGGCGCAGGCGCUGGCAGCAAGGGCUGCACGUCACGCCAACUUGAACCGCGACAGGGUGUACCAGGAGCGAGAGGGAGGGGCUACGCUGGAACCGGUUGGUCCAAAUGGUGAAUUAUUGAAGACUGCGACCGCCCUUUGGCCGUGCCUGCGAAUGGCGGGCGGGGGCGGCGCGGGGCUGUGCGAGGUGCGCGGGGUUGUUUGCCGGCCACUUGCCGCGCGCCUUUCGGCGGCAGAGCGAUUUUGA